AUGGCAACCGUCAAUGGUGCCUCCUCCUCCUCUUCCUCCACCUCUACUUCUCUCCCUUCCGCCGCUCCUCUCUCCUCGUCCUCUUCUUCUACCCCUUCUCAUCCGAAAUUUGACAGUAUAGACUCUGCGGUUGCAGAAAUCGGUCGUGGGAACUUCGUGGUGGUGUUGGAUGAUGAGGAUCGGGAGAAUGAGGGGGACUUGAUCAUUGCAGCGGAUAAGGUGACAACGGAGCAGAUGGCUUGGCUAAUUAGGCAUAGCUCCGGCUUCGUGUGCAUCUCUCUGCAUCCCUCACGGAUCGCUGCUCUAAAUCUACCCAUGAUGUUCCCCAAUAACCAAGAACCGAACAAGACGGCUUACACCGUCACUGUGGACUACAAGCACAACACUACUACUGGUAUCUCUGCCCAUGAUCGAGCUCUCACUUCGAGGAUGCUGGCUGCUACUGGGACAGAUGCCAAGGGCGAGGCAGCAGGAGCGAGAGCGAAUGCGCAGGACUUUACGAGACCGGGACAUCUCUGUCCCUUGAGGUAUACCGAGGGUGGAGUGAGAGUGCGGAGAGGACAUACCGAGGCUGCUGUUGAUCUAGCAACAGCCGCCAAUCUCCCACCCGCCGCGCUCCUCUGCGAGCUCGUCGACCCCGACUCGCCUCAGGGCUCCAUUGCCUCUCGAGACGCUUGCUUCAAGUUUGCGCGUCAGCACGACUUGAAGAUCAUUACCAUUGAUGCACUCAAGGCCUGGAGGGAAGAGAAGGAGGGUCCACUACCUGCAGAGCUUGUAAAGAUUGCUGGAAGUGCAAAGCAGAGGGGAGUGGAUUUGCAAGAGCAGAGCGUCGUUGGACCUAGGGCAUAG